CCAGCAUGUACAUGAAAAUUUUCUCUACUAUAUAUUUUGGGUUUUAAUUUCUAUUGUUAGAAAAAAUAUUCACAUAUUUUCUCAUAAAAAGUACAUGAUAUUCUUAAUCUCCAACAAGCUGUAGCGCUCUAUGUCCACAUAGAGAAGAGACAAAGAAACUCCCUUGAUUGAUUUAUUUAAAUAAAAAAUUGAACAUAAAAAGUACCAGCGCAAAAAUGUAAUGUACCCUUAAUUAAUUUUGGAAUGAAACAAAACUGUCAGUCAUGAUUGAAACCCUUAUGGCUGUUCAGGAUGCACCAAACUUGAGCAUGUACCAGUUACUAUAUUAAUUUAGAUAUGUUAUGAAAUCUUUGUCUUUAAUGGAAACCUUACACAUGCAAAUUCUUAAUUAAAACUUCCUAUUAAAAGUAUCAAAACAUUCAAACUAUAAAUAUUGUUUUUAUUUGUACUUUUGUUUUAUUCAGAUGCCUAUGUAUUAACAAAAUUGAAGUCACAAAGUACGGUAUUGUAAAUGGGUAUGAAAUCUAAUAAUGAUAACAGUCACUACCGGCAUAUACAAAACAUAAGUUAUUACAUGCAGUUGACUAAUCUGUUGCCCAAGUAAGUCAAUAUAACUUCUUUCACCCAGGAUGCAACUGCGCAGGUAGUUACUAAAUCGCCUUUAUACACUUCAUGAAAUAUUGAUAUCUGUUCUAUACUGAAACACAAACAAAAAGUUCAUUACUAUCACACUUCCAUAAUUAAAACACUGUUAUUAAAAAACAAGAUUGACUGUUGCUGACUUGAUGAAUAAAUGAUUUUAUAAAGAAAACAAAAAGAUAAAAUUUCACUUUUAUUGCAAAAAUUAAAGUAUAACAAUUAUAUAUAUAUUGACUUUUGAAAGAAGUAGAGAUUGUUAAUGAGGUGUGACACUUUGCUUACCAGGAUACAAGUAUUAUUGCGAUUUGCUUACCAGGAUAAACGUGUAUUAUUGCGAUUUGCGUACCAGAAUACCAUAUACAAAACAUAAGUUAUUACAUGCAGUUGACUAAUCUGUUGCCCAAGUAAGUCAAUAUAACUUCUUUCACCCGGGAUGCAACUGCGCAGAAAAUAUAAAUUAAGUUGCGGUAAUGACGACAAUUCUAGUGACACAAAAAAAUCUUUUUUUUUUCCAUUUAUAAUUUUUAGACUAGUACUGAAUGAAUAAAAAUUGUUUUUUAAAGGCCCUGUAUACGGAUUAAAUGCAUAACCUUUAUAUAAAUUUGCUUCAUUAUUUGAAAAAUAUGCUUCUAUAAUUAGGUAUUUGGAGAAGUGACAACUGUUUUUUCCUGUAUUUGUCGUGACUGGUGAGUUACAUGUAUUAUUUAAAAUGUUAAAUAGAUCAUCUUUACAUACAAACUAUUUAAAACUAUUAAUUUAACAAUUAUAAAUGUACAAUAUUUUCAAAAUUGCUCCAAAACUUCCAUCGAAAACCAUGCAUGGCUCGAGUGACAAAAGUUUGGCAAUUUUUAUAUGAAGCAUUUAAAACUAAUGUCGUGAAGAGUAACAUAAAUACUGGAAAAAAAUCAUUGAAUGGAAAAUGUGGAAGAACAAAAGAAUUGAAAGAGAAAUAACCCUAAAUGGCGAAAAGCAAGUUAAGAAAUCAAACAUGACUUUAAAAAGCCAAGAAAGUGGGACUAUAGAAACGCUCAUUGGUGAAUUGCAUGAGGAGAUUUCACGACUUGCAAGACAUGAAUUUAACAUUAAGCACCAGUAUAUAAGGCUCCAUCAACUGAAACAAAAUUUAACAGAUAACCAGGUUAUCAUACAUAUUGAUUUCUCAGAGAACUAUCAAUGUAAAUAUGCAUCUGAGAUUCAGAGUGUACAUUUCGGUUCGUCAAAACGCCAAAUUCCUAUUCACACCGGUGUCGCCUAUUUCAAAUCCAAGCAUAUAUCUUUCGCAACCGUAUCGGACGAUUUGAAACACUCCCCUCCUGGAAUAUGGGCACAUCUCGAUCCUAUCCUCUUGCGCAUCCGGCGGACCACUCCUGACAUCGAUAAAAUUCAUUUCGUCUCCGAUGGGCCUACCACACAAUACAGGUGUAAAUCAAAUUUCUACCUCUUUUCUACGAAAAUUUUCGAGUAUGGCUUUGUAAAUGGCGGAAGUUGGAAUUUUAUGGAGGCGAGACACGGCAAGGGCGCCCCUGAUGGUAUUGGAGCCGUAGUCAAGCAUGAGGCGGAUACACUCGUCAACACCCAUAAGACGGACUUAACGGGUGCUAGUGCUUUAAUGAGAGGUCUGGAGAAACUAGGAAGCCGUUUGAUGAUCUUCGAAGUGAAAAACGAUGACAUCACGCAACAGGAAGCUGCUAUUCCAACAAAGAUUACCGGCGUUCCAGAGACGAUGAAACUCCAUCAGGUUGUUGUCAAAGAAAGCGGGACAGUUCAGUCAAGAAUCCUGAGUUGUUUCUGUUCACCGGAUUGUUCAUGUUACCAACCGGUUACAACCAAUUUCAAUGUCCAGCCGUUUGCAAACCGCGUACCGAUGGAUGACGACAGCAUCGUAGGUCCACAAAACGGGGCUGAUCUUCCUUGUCAGAUUCUCAAUGUACCAGUCAGUAUUGACCAGAGUCUAGUUGACAGCUAUUGUUUGGUCGAGUAUGAUAGUAAACCAUAUCCAGGAAAGAUUACCGAAGUAGACGAUAUCAGUGUGAAAGUUAGAGCAAUGCAUUGUGUCGGUAUCAAUCGAUAUUUCUGGCCUUUACAUAAGGACGAAUGCUGGUACGAAAGAGAUCGUAUCAUUACCAUGUUACCCUGUGAACCAGAGAAGUUGAGUGGCCGUCACCAGGCCCUACCUCUACCAAUAUGGGAGGCAGUGAAAGACAAAUAUGAUCUUUAAACAUGUGUAUCAUUAUCCUUUGAUAUGAAAAUGUUUUUCGGGUUGUAUUUUUGUGUUGCAUGUAUGUAAAAAUCGGGAUUAACAAUCAUUGAAUUCAUAUUCUGUUACGACUAUUGUGUCGAGUAUUAAUUGGUCAUUA